AUGGGGAAUUGCAGCAGCUACCGGGUCGUGACCUCGGCAGUGGACGAUGAGGAUCGGGGAUUGGUGGAGCCAGAGAGUGUCCAGCGGUGCACCCAAGGAAAGGCGAGGAGGGCCUUGGAGAAUCUCAAGGAGAAGGCUAAUUGCAGAAAAGAGGAUGGAGAGCUCUCUUCUAGAGUGGUCAAGAUCAAGAUCACCAGGAAGCAACUGCAGGAAUUGCUGAGGCGCGCUGACACACAAGGCUUGUUAGCCCCCCGCCACGCCCUCCUCGCCGAUGUCGUCAGCAGAGGAGUCGUCGGCCAUGCGCGUCGAAGCCGGAAGUGGAGGCCGAGACUGCAGCGUAUACCGGAAGUAGCCGAGCAUGAUGAGAUCGAUACAUAG